AUGCGUUUCACUGCUGCCACCGUUGCUCUCUUCGCCAGCCUUGCUGUUGCCUCCGAGACCAUCUACCAGACCGAGGAUGUCACCAUCACCUCGUGUGCUCCCACUGUCACCGACUGCCCCUCGCGUCAGACCUCCACCCCCGAGGGUGCCGGUGCUGUGACCACUGCUCCUGCUCCUGUCAGCAGCAGCGCCAGCGUCUCCGUGGAUGUCCCCUCUGAGACUCCCGUUGCCCCCGCUGUCCCCUCCAGCAGCGCCCCCGCUGAGUCUGAGUCUGUCUCUGUCUCCGUUCCCGCGCAGACUCCCUCCGCUCCCGCUCCCUCCAGCAGCGCUCCCGCUGGCACUCCCUCCGCUCCUGCUCCUGUUGUCCCCGUUCCCGUCCAGAGCAGCAGCGCCUCGGUCAUUGCUGUGACCACCUGUGUGCCCACCGUCUCCUACUCCACCAUCAUGGUCCCUGCUGCCACCCCCAGCAAGCCCGCUAGCGCUGGCUCUUGGGCCUCUUCUUCCGUCCCCGUUGUCCCUGCCCCCACUCCCUACGGACCCGGCAGCGGCCGCAACGCUACCGCCUCCACCUCUGCUCCCUCUUCCCUCUUCACCGGUGCCGCCAGCGCCAACACCGGCAACUUUGUCUUCGCUGGUGCCGCCGCCGCCGCUGCCUUCUUCCUGGCAUAA